AUGUCGGGGAAUUAUGACUACCCGCCCGCCUCUCGUCGGAUAUCUCGCAGAACUGGUCCCGACGAACGACGGUAUCAACAUCUACGGAAUCUAUUAGGCUCGGUAGAGCGAAAUCAGGAUAGCGACCAUUUCAACCUUGAUCGUGCGCUGGAAGUAUUGAGUGAAGAGAUCGAGGAAAGCUGGGCUGAGGGACAGAGGUGGAACUCCAACUUCGAACAGACUCGAGCCAUGGUAGAUCGACAGAUUCAUCAGAUACAAUCGGAUCUAUCUGGUAGAGAAGACCGCAUCCGCCGUAUUAUGUCAAGCCACGAGCGAUCCGAAAACCUAUCCGUCCCAACUCCGCCUUCAAUGAAUCAAGAACAAGGUACUUCCGAUAGUCCACCUCCGGCAGAAAGGCUCUCCAGACGGCGGCGUGUCUUGACACCAGGCGAACGGUUCAUGCGGGAUGGUAGGGGAAGACGUUCUGGUCUCAGCACCUUGCUCGACGAACCUUUUCCUCCUCUUCACCCUCUCCCUGCUGCAGAGUCGUCAAGCAGUAUGCGCCCGGAUCUAGAAGCCGGCCGUCAGUCGGGUAGAUGGAGUACGAAGCGCAGAAAGCUCGAUUCAGAUGAUAAUAGAGAAGGACCUCGUGGAUUCAGCUACGGUCAGCAUGGUCAAGUGGUACCUGGAGCACUGAAGAUGGAGAUAGCCAGUUGUGAUGGUGGGACUUAUGAGCCUGAAGGCGAAAGCUCUUGGCCAGAGAAUGUUUUACAUAAUGAUUCUUCUGUCUAUUGUACCAAGUCAGACAGAUGCAACCUGAUACUGAGACACCGCGGAGAGACCCCAUUUUGCUUGAAAAAGCUUGUUAUCAAGGCCCCAAAAGUUGGUUUUGAUGCCCCUAUCCAGGAAGGAAUGGUUUUUGUUUCAAUGACUUCGGAUGAGCUAUUGACUCGAACAGCCCAUUACCAGACUCGACGAAGACGCCAAAAUCGACGUGCGCUGCGGGCUUCUCAGGAACAGCCCAAUGCUUUCCGAUCACCAUUUCGAUCCUUAGAGAGAACUAGCGUUACUGGCCAAGAUUUUAAUUCCGACGCAGAGAACGAGUUAGCCACUGUUGGAAGGGGGAGUGGACACAUGGCCGAUUUUCGAGUUACGACGGCGUACGACGAUAAUUCGGAUGCAGGUGGCAACGGCGAUGUGGAAAGCGACGAGGAUAUUCCCUCUAUUGCGGAGAUUGAGAGAAUACAUAUGGAGCAGAUGGAAGAUGAUCUCCCGUGCCCCGAAAGCGAUGAUAGUGAAAGCGACAACGAUCUCAGCGUGCUGAGCACGUUCCACCGUCGACGUCUUGAACUACGAAGGCGUAGCCGAAUAUUCCGUCACCAAGAGAGCCCAGACGACCAUAUAGGAUUGCAAAGUCGACGUCCAUAUCCUAGUUCGAUUGGGCCGGUGGGUUCGUUUACACAGGACAGUUCUUCGUAUUACCCAGGCUCAAAUUCCCAGUCGGGUGCCGUUGCAUUGGAGCCACAUGCCCACUUCUUCAUCGAGCGAGAAAAGAGCAUGGUCAGCAUCAAAUUUGACCCACCUCCUUCUGGGAGAUUCAUCUUGAUCAAAUUGUGGAGUCCUUAUACGGGAGGUAAUAUCGACAUCCAGAGCAUCAUCGCUCAUGGGUUUGCCGGUCCACGAUUCUUUCCUGCCGGCAAUUUCAGAUGA